CGGUGGUUCCCACUUGAAAAAGCUUAUUCUGGACAUACAACACGUGGUGACGUACGAGUUAGUGUUUGUUAUUUGAUGCGGCAACAAAAUUCCGAUGUUGUUAUGAUGGUUCCCUACGUGAAUACGAUCAGUUCAGCAAGCACCGAUGUUGAAGCGGAGGAACAACAAAAAAUAAAGAAACCAGUGGCCAAGCGGGCAAAGAAAGCUCCUGUUAAGUCGGUAGGCAAAUCUUUCCAGCGGAACAGGGAGCACGCAGCCACAUCUGAAGGAAAGAAAUCUCCGGUACUCUCGCUCAAAGACGCGUUUUCGAGUCCAAUUGGUAGGAUAUCUCGAGCUGAAGCUCUAUCGCCUCCACCGUCUCCAUCUUCCGUAACAUCAUCCGACGCUGGUGAAAAUAUCGACUCGCCUAAAACUGUGAAAACUCGUCGACCUUUAUUCUCAUCAAAACGGCAGCAGAAAUUCAGCAAACCUGUGAACAUUUCACCACCGAAAGAAGAACAAGAGGUCGAAGCAAAAUCCGAUCCGUCGCGAACACCUCCGCAAACAUUUCUCAAGCGCAAACCAUACAAAGUGGUUUUCCACAAACUGGACUGGUCCAGCGUGGUGUCGAAAACUGACAGCAAUUUGCCCACAAGCAACAAGAAUCCCAAGAAUCCCAGUGUUGCAUCCAAGACGUCACGUUCCUCAAGUCGAGCGUCAAACUCUGUUGCUACCAGCAAUACUGGAGACACAAUAACGGAUACGGACUCCGUAUUGGAUCCAAAACCUGGUGCUGUCAUCGAUGCAGCUACUGCCGAGAGAUUGACAGCUCUUGAAACUGCGAUGUACGAACAGUGCGGCGUCACGCGCGAAACAGCACCAUUGGCACGAUUCAAGUACCAAAAUGAACGAAAGAAAUUUGUAGCUACUCUCCAGAGUCAAGCUCAAGCUCGUCAGGAUAAUAAUUCGCAAACAGCCCAGCCACCGAGCCAAGCCAGUAGCGAGCUCGACAUUGGCAACGCCACGUUGGAAGCAGCCAUGACGGAACUCUGGAAGAAGCUUACGGGCGAUUCCUCGGGACAAAUCUACGCGUCGAUGCUGCGGAACCUCAUUGAGGCUAAAAGCCCUAUAGAACCCACCGAACCCGACUCUGUCGGUUGCUAA